GUGACCUGGUAGGAAGUCGCCAUCCGUUGCACACGUAGCUGAUCACAAAUAGGGACAUGAGAUUGUACCCACUUCGAUGAGUCACUCCUUGAGGUAUAACGGAGAGAGCGAGAGAGCGCGGGCGGGUUCACAGAGAGGCGCGAUUACUCAAGGAUCAAUCGGACUGCGAAGCGGAAAGGCUGCACUCUCACGGAAAUUCUGAAGCAGGUUUACGACUACAGCUGCGGAGGGCGAUAAUCUGUCGCAUUUUACAAGCUCAUAAUUCAGAGGUUGUGUAUCUGAUACUGGCGGUGGCCAGGGGUGCUGUGAGGAGGUGGGCGCCAUGAGUAGCAAUUUCUCAGGGGCCUUGAAAUUAGCAAAUCUCAAUGACUUCAUCGCCCCAUCUCAGGCUUGUGUGGUCACCUUAUCAAAAAAUGAGAAACCUGUACAGAAGGGACUUGUUCAACUGCAGCGCAAACCGGCCGCCCGGUUUGAUCAAACUUUGAAGGAUACUGACGAACCAGUUAGAGUUACCUUGCACGAUUGUUUGGCUUGUAGCGGAUGUAUUACCUCGGCAGAAACCGUCAUGUUGGAGCAGCAAAGCACGACAGAAUUUUUGAAUCGCCUCAAAUCUGGGGACAGCGCUGUUAUUGUGUCCUUGUCUCCUCAAUCCCGAGCAUCCCUGGCUUCUCACUACAAUCUAACUGCUCUGCAAGCCUUCAAGAAGUUGACCACCUACUUUAAAUCUCUAGGUGUAAAGGCCGUAUUUGACACCAGUUGUAGUAGGGACUUGUCUCUGAUAGAGGCGUGUGAAGAAUUUGUGUCUCUGUACAGAGAGUCUCAUGGUCUGCAAAAGGACACAAGUUCGAAGAAACCUCGCAGCUUACCAGUUCUGGCAUCCGCAUGCCCAGGUUGGGUUUGCUAUGCCGAAAAGACUCAUGGCUCCAAAAUUUUACCUUUUAUCAGCACCGUCAAAAGUCCUCAACAGGUGAUGGGAGCUAUCAUCAAACGACAUGCUUGGAAGAUGUUGGGAAUUAGGCCAGAUAAUAUAUAUCACGUGACAGUGAUGCCUUGCUAUGACAAGAAGUUGGAGGCUUCACGCGAUGACUUUCUAUUUGCAGUAGAUGGAGCUCAGAGUGAAAGUCAGCUGCAGAUUGCUGAGGUGGAUGCUGUUCUUACUUCUGGAGAAGUAUUGGAUAUGUUGGAGUCACAACAAGUGGAAUUUAUGUCACUAGAGGAGGCUCCUCUUGACAAGCUACUUACCAACCUAGACGAGGGUGACCAUCUUUACGGUGUUCUUGGAGGGUCGGGUGGAUAUGUGGAUACAAUAUUUCGAUAUGCAGCUAGGACGUUGUUCGGGAAGGAAAUUACUGGCCAACUGGAUUAUAGAACUUUAAGAAAUACCGAUUUUCGAGAAGUCACUCUGGAGCAUGAUGGAAAAGUCGUUUUAAGAUUUGCUUUGGCUUACGGAUUCCGAAACAUUCAGACCGUUGUGCGUAAAAUCAAGACUGGAAAGUUUGAGUAUGAUUUCGUAGAGGUGAUGGCAUGUCCUGCCGGUUGUUUGAAUGGUGGUGGACAAAUAAAGCCGAAGAAGGAGCAGUCCGCCAAGGAAUUGAUACAAAACCUAGAAUCUGUGUACUUGAAAGAGGUGGACGUGAAGGAUCCUUUCAAUAAUCCAGUAGUGAAGGGCCUUUACGAUGAAUGGUUGCAGCACCCGCGGUCGGCAAGGGCUUUAGAUAUCAUGCAUACGACGUACCACAAUAGAGAAAUGAGUUUGGGUAGCAAACUGAAUGAUUGGUGAUAGAAAUUUCAAGGGUGUGAUGGGAACCUGAUAAUGAUACGCUACUAGUAAGGAUUGUGGUCAUCCAUGUUUGCAAUUGUAGAACAUGUCGUCCUCAACGCGUUAUGACGAAAUUGCACAAGCGAUCCAGCAUGUGAACCCCGAGGCAAGCUCUUUGCUACGGUAGCAGAGUGGAUCCUGGGAUCGACUUAAAUCCAUGCGACUUAUGUGGGAAUUGGAAUGAAAGCAUUAUUUUGCGGACUUGUUACCUUUGGCGUAUCUCGUGGGGUUCAUAUCAUACUACAUCCAGUGCAAAAGAGGAAAGAGAGACAACCAUAGUGGUUUCAUUAUGGUUACUUGGUAGGCUCAGCUAGCGUGUGUCAAUUCCAGUCACCCGAUGGAAGUUCAAAUUUAGAUUUACUCUCCCAUCAUGUUUUAUUUUUUCUACAAUUUUUGUAGCUGCAUUUAAGCUGGGGAGUUCACACAAACUUUUUGGUGCGGUUGGAUGUACAUUUUUGACAAUAUUUAGGGUAUAUGAGAACCUAGGAUACUGAGGACUAGAACCCUUGUAGUACGGAGUUUACAUAUCAUUAAACCUGAGUGCAGAGAUGGUCUUUUUUGACUGUGACAAGAUUGAUUACGAAACUAGGAGACGCAAAAGUUUCUCUUUUCUGGGUUUUUUCAUGAGAUCUUUGGUGUCUAAUGGACAAGAGGUCAAUAAGUCCAUUUUAGUCGUGCAAUUGUUUUUUUAACUGCUUGGAAAAUACUUGUGUACUACCAAGGGCGGGGAAGUGUCUGUAUUCAUUCAUAGCGUUUAACUUGUGUAGUUAGUCUGUCGGUAUCUAGGUUGUUUGUAUGUUUCUAAGAGUAGCUUGAAGGAAACAUCUUGGAACAACGAUUUUAGACCUGAUGUGUUAGGGUGUUUGUUAAUUGCUGUGAGGUUCUCUUUAGGACUUCGUGGAUACAUCACACUUAAACCGGAACAUUAUGCAGUCGUCCACUUCGUUCGCGUACUGAAUUUUCAAUAAUGUAAAGACAUGGCCGUAACUUAUGAGACUAGUUUAUUUUUUGAGUGGGCAAUGGCCGGGGCUUGACUACUCUGCUACUAAAUCUAAAUGCCAUUCUGAACUAUUGAGUGAAUAAGUAAUGCAAAAUGUACUUCCACUACAUGCGAGGGUCCAAAGUCACUCAUCUAAUGCAAA